GGAUAUUACAUAAAGCAACCCCCGUUUCUGAUUUCGCAACACCUGUCAGUGCAAGUAUAAUAUCUUUUUACAGCUCAUAAUCCAUUCCAACGAACAGUUUGUGAUCAGUGUCGUCGUCGACCACCAUGUUAAUGUCUAUGGUGUCCCAUCUGCUUUGUGCGUGGUUCGCGUUCUUACUGCCAUGCUAUUCUACCUACAAGGCGCUCUCCUCACCUUUAUCCGGUAACCUCCGGGACCUUUCAAUGUAUUGGGCUGUCGUCGGGGCUUUUAUUGCGAUCGAGUCGACCAUAGGUCCAUUCGUAUCAUGGCUGCCGUUUUAUUGGGAAACACGAACCCUUUUCUUGCUCUACUUAUCUCUCCCGCAAACUCAGGGUUCGACCUACAUUUACAAAUCCUACCUCGAACCCUUCUGCUCCAAGAACGAGGCAGAGUUGGAUUCCAGCAUUGCUUCUGCUCAGGACAAUGUCCUUGGUUUCCUUCAGUCGCGCAUUUCUAUGCUCAUUGACCUCUUGUGGACCAUCUUGAAUCAGACUCUCAAUAAACAACCUCAAGCUGCGAGGGAGGGACAACCUGAACAACAGCCCUACUCCCUCGAAUCAGUGAAGGGGCUUUGGACGUCUUAUGGACCUGCCGUUAUGGAAGGAUUAUCAAAGUCUUUUGCAAAACCUACUUCCUUUCCCGAUACUACUGUGAAGCAGGCUACAUAUGCUAGUGGUGUUGGCGUCAAUCAUGACGUUGGGCAGACCCAGGAGGCACUCUCAGAGUCCACUUAAAGGUAGAGUUUGUUGAGGUGUUUCUAAUCUAUCAAACUCGC